UGGAGUUUCGUUCGAAUCCGAAUUUUUGACUGGUGGAAUUCCGCAUUAGUAUUCGUUUUGCAGGGGUACUUGCAUUCAAAGAAGCUACGGUAUCUCAGAGGAGAAAAACCAAAAUAGCGUCAGGUGAAAAUGACCACCGUUUCGCCGUCCGUUGUACGGUAUGGACGGAGGAAAAGCUCCAGCAAGGAUUUGCAUUCUAAGGAGGACACAGUUACCCCUUUGCAACUUCCAGACCUCCGUCAAGUCACAGUUUUGCCAAAGGCCGAAUGGCUCCGGAUUCAAGACAACCUGAACCAUGUCAAUAAACACCACGAGAGCCUUCUGGAGACUGCCAAACAGCGGCAUGCUCUGCACUUGCGUUCCAAAGAAGUGGUGAAAUUCUGGUCCAAUACCAUUGCGGGCCAAAGACAAAAGAAACUGGAAGCAAAAAAAAUCAGAGAGGAGAUUGAAGAGGAGGAGAAGAAACGGAUUGAUUUAGAGGAGGCCGAGUACCGGCAGCAGAAGAGGAAGGAGGCCAUUGAAAAAGCCAAAAGCCAACAGUAUUUCCAGACUGACCGAGUGAAAGGAUUUCAUAGCGCCCUCUUGCUGACAGAGGUCUUGAAGGAACGGGAAGCUCAGAUCGCGCUGAAGCAGAAGAAGGCGAGUGCCUCCAAAGACAUAGACAGGGACAUCGUGGCCAAUCUGAAGCUGAAAGACGAGGAGGCCUUGGAGCAGCAGCGGCAGAAAGCCUUGCAGAGGAAGCAGAUGAACAAGGUCAUUGCGGAAGAUCUGAAGCAACAGAUGAAGGAACAGGACCUCGUUAGAGAACAGGAGAAAGUGGAAAGCAAGAAAGAAGCAGAGGAACUCCAGAGGCUCAGAGAACUGUAUGAGUGGGAGAGAGGCAUGCAUGAGCAAAAGAAGCAGGAGGAGAAGAGGAACAUCAUGAAGGGUCACAUGGAGCACGUGUCCAACAGAGACAUCAUCAGAGCGAUAGAGGCACAGAAACAGGAGGUGGAGGAGGAGCAGCGGAGACUUUUUACGAGCGCAAAGCAGAAAAUGAUGAAGAUGAGGAAGGAAAAGGAGGCAGAGAUGUUUGGAGAGGUGCAGAGGUACAGGGAGGCCAUGACAGAGAGGCUGGCAGCGCAGUUGGAGGAAAAGGUCAGCAACGACGAAGAGCUGAUCGCCCAGGCCGUAGCCCAGCGGGAGGCUAGGCUGGAGCAAGAGAAGAAGGAGGAAGAAGAAAAGAAGAAGGCCAUGCUGGACUCCAUCGCCGUGCACAGAGAGACCACGCAAAGAGAACAGGAACAGAAGGAGAGAGAGGAAAAGCAGAGAGCUCUGGAGAUGCUUCAAGCCAAGAGAGAGGCUGACAUAAUCUUCCUGGAGAAGCAGCAGCUUAAAGCACAGAAGAGGAAGGAGGACUGCAGAGCACUGCAAGACUUCUAUGUUCACCAGAUGGCUGAAAGACGUGCCAAGGACCAGCUUACGAAAAAAGAGCAAUUGGAGUUUGAUGCUAAAAACGCAGAUCUUAUUGCUGAGGAAGAGAAUGAGUUCCAGAAGUACGCUGAGGGGGUGAUCCAGGCCGCUGUGGAGGCCAAGAAAAACACCCUUCCCCUGCGCAAAGCUGCCAGGGAGGGCAUCGGGGGUGGGCUGGGUCCUAUUUUUGGGGGGUUGAGGCCAAGCUAUCUGGUUCAUGACAGCACUGGUGUUGAAAUGCCCAGAUAUGUCUCCAACACAACUCAAGAUAUAAAGGGAUUAUAUGAGACUAAUGACAUCCAGCAAGCAAAGAAAAGGCUGGGUUUUUCAUGGUGAGGGAUAAAAUGAUGUAAAACACUGACCAAAUUAUGACACUUGUGGUUCAAC